CGCAGAGCGAGCCCGACGUGCCCCGGCCCCGCGCUCGCCCUCUGCAGCCAUGGAUGACAUCUAUAAGGCGGCGGUUGAGCAGCUGACAGAAGAGCAAAAAAAUGAGUUCAAGGCUGCUUUUGACAUCUUCGUGCUGGGGGCAGAGGAUGGUUGCAUCAGCACCAAGGAGCUGGGGAAGGUGAUGCGGAUGCUGGGGCAGAACCCCACCCCCGAGGAGCUGCAGGAGAUGAUAGACGAGGUGGAUGAGGACGGCAGUGGCACUGUUGACUUUGAUGAGUUCCUUGUUAUGAUGGUCCGGUGUAUGAAAGAUGACAGCAAAGGAAAAACUGAAGAGGAACUCUCGGAUCUCUUCAGGAUGUUUGAUAAAAAUGCUGAUGGCUACAUUGACCUCGAGGAACUGAAGAUCAUGCUGCAGGCCACGGGAGAGACCAUCACCGAGGAUGACAUAGAAGAACUGAUGAGAGAUGGGGAUAAAAACAAUGAUGGCAGGAUUGACUAUGAUGAGUUCCUGGAGUUUAUGAAGGGAGUUGAAUAAACCUGAGGCCACAUCAACAGCCUGAAUCUGCUAAACCCCUCCAGUCCUGCAUCUCAUCUCCUUGGCUAAGUUCCCUGGCUACUGGCAUGAAGACUGAGUGCUGAGAAGGGUGGCCACUGGGAAAAUAAAAUGUGUUAAUACCAA